CGUAUAUCGAUUUUUCCAGGGAAUAUUAAGAAUAACGACACCCAUAAUUGGUCGAAUCAAAAUUGCACGAGCCAUCCAUGCAGCCUUGUCUGUGAACCAUAAAUACUUGAAAGUCGGGAACCACAGCGAGAACACUUCAUGUAGAUCUUAGAAUUGCUAUUUCUUCCUAUGUUGUAGAUUUAACUUUCGUCGUCCCCGACACAUUGGCGAGUGGACUAUCCCCGGACGAUUGUCAAUAUUGCAGCAAUGAACAGCACCUCGACUAACACUACACAUCCAGCGCUUACCACGACCUUUACGCCUGCGCCAGAAUGUACGGAGCUGACAAUAAGCAGCUGCUACGGCACAGAUGGCUGCCUCGGUGUAGGCCUCACGAAUUAUCAGUGCAGUGACCCGAUGUACAAAUGUUUCCCCGAGUCAUCGACUUUCCAAACCACGGAUUAUACAACUGUAUCACCGUACUUGACGUAUUCGCCGGCCAAUAUUUGCCCUACGGGAUGGUCAACGGCCGCAAGUGCCUUAGAUCCAGAUGGUGUAUGGUGCUGCCCUAGUGGCUAUAGUUUUAACCGGGAUAUUCAAUAUUGUCAAGGAACGUUCACAGAAGGUGUAGCGGUAUCAGUAGCGCCGAAUUGCUCAAUUCUAAGUUCUAUUCCGUUCGGCCCUGGCCGGACAAAUUUGAUGAAUGUCGCUUCAUUGGGAGGAGUUGGGUCGAAUACAAUUCCUGCGAGCGAUCUUACGGUGACGGCGAGGGCGCAAGGAAUCUUCCUUUUAGGACAGACGCUAAGUAGCGGACCGAACCAGCCUUCCGAAACGUCGACGUCGGCGCCGCCACCUUCCGAAAUAACAAACUCAUCUAUAUCUACGAAAGCUGCCAUCGGUGCUAGCAUAGGUGGCACGAUAACGAUUAUCCUACUCCUUAGCCUUGGGUUCUUCCUGAUCAGGCGUCACCGUAAAAGGCGACGAAUAGCUGAAUUGAAAGCAGCGGACGAUCCAGACCCACCGGUACCAGGAGAAGAGGAUAAUGUGGGCAGUGUGCGCAAACCAGAACUCGAAGGAACCGAUACCAACCCCGCACGAUUUCAAAAGAACGAACUGGAUGCGAAUGCAACGCGCUCAGAACUCUUGGGAGAUACGAACGGGAGCAGAGAAUUGGAUGGGAACGCGACACGUUCUGAGCUCCAGUGUCCUACCAGUUCGGAAUUGGAGCUCCAAGCAAAAGAAGUUCCUCAAGAAUUGGAAACGGUUCCACGAUACGAGCUCCAAGGAUGACCAUAAAAAGCAGCUCAUACCUUAUAUUACUUAAUGGGAUAUUCAUAAUUGGAGUUGGAAACUUGGUAUUAAUCUGAUGUUGUAAAAAGUUAUGAACCUUGGGAGUUUACCUACUAUUAUUGGCUUACUUAAUAAAAGGAAUGCUUACAUAAUUGUACUAAUGGCAAGG